ACGUCAACAUUUGUCAAAAGUUAUUGCACUGCCGUCAUUAAUCUGUACUUGAAAGACCAAAGCAAUAAUUUUAAAUCGUAGUGAAAUAAUAAAUACUUAAGUAUACUAUCUAGUAUAAUAUGUAUUCCAGUUUUGUGUAACACUGUCAAAAAAAAUAAAAUGGGUGGAAAAUCUAAACAAAGCCAAAGGACUAAAAACAAUGCUAGACCUUCAAGUAGCAGCCGCAGUGCAGAGCUGUUGAAUAGCAGCACAGGCCUCGACGGGGGGCUUCUUACUCUUGGCAGCGGCAAGCCUUUGCCUCCACUCUUCCCGACUUUAGCUGCUGCCAACCUGGAGCAGGGCCUCAAUCCCGAAUUUCAAAUGUGCAUCAAGAAACUUAAUAAAAAGGAUCCUAUCACAAGAACUAAGGCUCUGCAAGAACUGUGUGAGCUCAUAAACAAUGGAGAUGUUGAAGAUGUGGUGGCUGCCUUGCCCAGCUGGGCACACUUCUACAAGAUACUCACUGCUGACACCGACCGGAAAGUUAGAGAGAUGACACAGGUGUGCCACGGCGCGGCGCUGCGGGCGGCAGGGCGACGCGCGGCGCCGCAGCUCCGCGCGCUGCUGCCCGCCUGGCUCACGGCGCAGUACGACGACCACGCGCCCGCGCAGGCGCAGGCGCAGCUCUCCCUCACGAGAACAUUCCCUGAUAACAAACUGCCUGAAGUGAUCUCAUUCUGCAAAGCGGAAGUGAUCGCACAUCUGUUGGACAACCUCAACGGCAACACUGAAGCACUGCUCAAGAAGAGGAUAGAGAACGCGGAGGAGCGCGAGCUUCAGAUGAACCGCAUCCUGACGAGCAGCCUGCAGGGGCUGCAGUACUUCGUGCAGCACCUGCCGGCCGCGCACGACGCCUGGCUGUGGGGCGAGCUGGCGCCGCUGCUGCAGCACGCCUUCUGGAAGCUGCCGCAGUCCACGCCGCACGUCAGGGCGGCGUGGCUGUGCGCGCUGGGCGCGCUGGCGGCGCGGUGGGGCGGCGCGGUGGGGGCGGGGUACGGCGGCCGCGUGCUGCGCCUGCUGCUCGCCGACACGCGCGACCCCGCGCCGCUGUGGGGCUGUCUGCUGCAGAUCAUGCAGCACGUGCCGGACUGGCACACGUACUUAGACAAGAAAGAAUUACUAGUUAAGCGGAUUAUAGAUCUCUUGGAAAAUGGUGGAUGGGGAGACGCGAAGCAGCUGUCCAACAUGUUGCUGCCGCUGUUGGCGUAUCUGCCUCAAGACAUAUUGACUAAGGACUUCUACGAAGCCUUCUUUCGUGCCAUGUUUAAUGGACUCGAAAAGAAAAAUAUUUUGAGUUCAAAAAGCGAAAGGCAGGCAUGGAUCACGAGCUUAGCGGAAUGUUUGCGCUACGUGUCCAUACAGCCACGCGAGUUCGUGCCCGAGCUCGCUACCAGCACGCACCGCGCCUGGCUCGGCGCCGCGCUGGGCCCGCAUGCUGCCCAGCUCGGCAAGCCCUGCGCCGCCCACAUGGCCUCGCUGCUCAAGUACUGGCUCAAACUAUCCCAGCAGGACAAAACUGAAAAAUACGAUCAUCUAGUGAGAAACUUUUGGCAGAAUGUCACUUCUACCAUUCUGGCACAGAUCGACAAGGCCGGUUCGGAACACGACGAAAUAGCUAAGGUGAUCGACGGGCACAUCGCUUUCUUACAAAUGUUGAAGACGUCGUUCUGUCAAGAGGCGAAGAAGCAGCAGAGCAUCAAGUUCGAGGGCUCGGCGGCGCCGCCGGCGGAGGCUGCGGGCGCCGCCGAGCCGUGCGACGCUGCGCUGGCGGUGCGCUUCCAGCACGCGCUGGCGCAGUGCGUGCAGGGCGCCGCCGCCGCCUGCCUGCGCGCCGGCGCCGCGGCCGCGCUGGCGGCGCUGCUGGCGGCGUUCGGCUCGGCCGCGCUGCUGGCGGCGCUGGCGGCGCAGGUGGGCGGCGGCUCUGCGCACGCGCUGUACGAGCGGGCGCUGCGGCCGCGCCUCGCGAGCGACGCCACGCGCUGCGCCGCGCUCGUCGACGUCGUGUUCCUCGCGCUGCAGUACAUGACCGAACAGGAGCAGGACGCCGUCUUCGACACCUUUCAACACCUGCCUCUGAGCGCGGUGGAGUGGUGCGUCCGCGCGGCCGCGUCGCACCCGCACCUCGCCAGCCCCGGCGCGCGCGCUGGCGUGGCGCCGCUGCCGGGGUGCUGGGAAAGCUGCGCGCGCGCUGCUGCGCCUGCGCGCGCCGGGCGGCUGGCAGCGCUGGAGGCGCGCGAGGCGCUGGCGGGCGCGGCGGCGCUGGGCGCGCGGCUGGCGGUGGCGCUGGCGGGCUCGCGCGCGCCGCACUACGCGCGCCUGCUGCUGCAGCUGCUGCGCCUGGACGUGCUGGUGCCGCGCGGGGACGCGCGGCUGGCGGCGGACGCGUGGUGCGAGGUGCGCUCGUCGUGGGCGGACGGCGCGGGCUCGCUGGCGCCGCACGAGCGCCCCGCCCUGCUGCAGCGCGUCGCCGCCUUCCUGCGGGAACAGCUGCAGCUCACUAUGGACAAAUUGGACAUUGCAAGAAUUGAAAACAUCAUGUCUCCCUGUCCUCACUUAUUCAAAUGCUGCGACGAGACCGGAGCACCGGAGGACGUCACGGAAAUAGCAAACUUCACUAAAUCAAUAUUCGACACGGAGGAUGAAGACUCGCUAGCGGUGGAGUGCGACGCGCUGCGGUACGAGUGCGUGACGUCACGGCUCAACUGCCUGUUCGAGGACGACAACGAGGCCAUCGCGGCCGUCAUCCGCUCGGCGGGCAGCGGGCGCGUGCGCGAGCUGAGCGCGGCGCAGCUGCGGCGCCACGCGACCCGCCUGCUGGCGCGCGCCGCGCUGCUGUGCGGCGUGCUGCAGCGCCGCGCCGGCGCCGCCUGGGGCCGCGCGCUGCUGCACGACGAGUACCUGCGAGAUCAAUUCUGCACACUCUACUACGAUUAUAUCGUAAUCGACUCGUUACACGACGGCUAUGCUUUUAAGCGUCACUGCGACGUAGUGGCAGCCACGCGCGGGCGCCUGCGCGAGCUGCUGGCGCGGGCCGCGGCGCCGGCGGGCGAGCCGCUGCAGGCCGCGCUGCGGGCCCGCGCCGCCGCCCGCGCCUACCUGUGGCCCCGCGCCGCGCUCUGCCACCAGCACAUGCUGCAGCCCGCCGCCGAGCCGCACCACGACCCACUCGACACCACGCCUGCCGGGGAGCCACAGGACACGGUGCCUGCUGACGAGCCACAGGACACGGUGCCUGCUGACGAGCCACAGGUCACAGGGCCCGCCGACUCACCGCAGGACGCGACGCCUGCCGACGAGCCACAGGACACGCUGCCCGCCAACUCGCCACAGGACACGGCGCUUGCCGACUCGCUCGACGGACACAAGCUCGAGGACGUUGUCUCCGGAAAUGGAUACUUCCACACUUUACAGGCGAGCACGACGUGGCGCUCGGAGGAGGCGGAGGCGUCGGAGGCGGCGUACGAGACGGCGCGGCUGGUGAUGCUGCGCAGCUGGCUGGCGGCGCACGGCGACUGCGGCGACGCCGGGCUGGACGGCAUCGUCAACGCCUACUACCGCAGCAACCACACCAUGCUCUACGACAGGGACAUCUCGGAGUGCUCGUGGCGCGAGGUGGUGAGCAACGCGGCCGUCGUGGAGUUCCUGAGCCACACCGUGACGUCACGCGGCUGGCACGCGCCGCCGCACCACUGGGACUUCGUGUCCAUCACGCUGUGCUCGCUGCUCAACUCGCUGCGCAAGUCCAUGGAGCAGUGGGGCAGCCCGCGCGUGGCGCUGCUGGCGCGGGCCGUGCUGCGGCUGUGGGCGCGCGUGCGGCGCUUCGUGCGCGACGUGCCGGCGCGCGCCACGCGCGAGCAGCCCGCCGCGCACGUGGCGGCGCUGCCGCGCGAGUGGGACGACAUGUUCGCGCCCGACACGCACUACAACCUGUUCGCGCUCGCGCUGCACCUGCUCGAAUGUUGUAACGAGAGCGAAAUGACGAGCCCGCGAAUAGAAGUGAUCGGCGCCCUCAUAGAGUGCCUGAAGCUGAGCGACUGGUUCGCGCUGAACGCGGCGCACCGGCGCAGCGAGCUGAGCCUGGCGCGGCUGCUGCCGGCCGCCGCCGCCGCGCUGCAGCGGCCGCCGCACCACGCCGCCGCCUGGCUCGCCUACCACCUGCUGCUGGCGCUGGCGGGGCCGCUCGUGCUGGACGACGCGGAGAAGCUGGCGCAGUGGAGCGACAGCUCGGAGGCGGAGGAGGCGCAGGCGCGGCCGGCGCUGAGCGUGGAGCUGCUGCACGACGCCUUCGAGCGCCUGCACGACAUCGUGGACGCCGCGCUCGCCUCUGUCGUGUUGGGCGAGGGCACGUGCGAGAUGGUGCCGAUGUCGGACAGCUACAACGCGGCGCUGGCGUGGCUGCUGCUGGGCGCGGCGCUGGCGGCGCUGGCGAGCCGGGCGCGCGGCGACCUGGCGCAGCAGUACGGCGCCGUGUGGCGCGACCGUCGAGCCGCCGAGCGCACGCUGGGCGCCGCGCUGCGCCUGCUGCCGCCCGCCGUGUGGGCCGCCUGCUGCGACAACCCGUCGCCCGCGCCGCCGCAGCACCACGACCUCUUCCUCGUCGACCACGACUUCUCCGUGCACGAGGCGGCUAGCAGCCGGGCGGUGUCGGCGCUGGCGUGCCGCGCGCUGUACGGGUGCGUGACGGGCGCGGGCGCGGCGGGCGCGCGCGGCUGGUGGGGCGCGGCGGGGGCGCGGGCGGGGCGGCUGCUGGCGCGGCUGGUGCGCGCGUACGUGGCGCCGCCCGCCGUGCGCGAGCAGCUGCGCGAGCUGCAGCGCCGCGCCGCGGAGAUCGACGACGCCGAGAUCCACAUCGCGUGGUCGUCGAGCGAGGUGACGUGCUGGUACAGCGUGGAGGAGCGGCGCGUGGAGCUGCGCGUGUGGCUGGCGCGGGAGCACCCGCUGGUGGCGCCGCGGCUGGCGGCCGGCGGCGGCGGCGGCGGCGUCGGCGCCAACACGCACUGGCUCGCGCUCUACCUCGCCUACCAGAACGGCACGCUGCUGAACGCCCUGAAGAUGUGGACGGCGGCGGUGAACGCGCGCGUGGAGAGCGCCCCGCAGUGCUACAUCUGCUACUGCCGCCUGCACCCCGCCAGCGGCCGCCUGCCGCGCGUGCCGUGCCACCAGUGCCGCAACAAGUUCCACAACGUCUGCCUCCGCAAAUGGUUCGCUACGAGCAACAAGUCGAGCUGCCCGCUGUGCCGCUCGCCGUUCUGAUCCGCGCGGUCGCUGCGAGUUGCGCCUCGCCACUUCUCGGCUCGAUACUGGAAUGUUUGCAAACAUACUACCGACAAUCGCAUAUCGCCUUCAUGUGAAACUUUAUUCAUCUGAAUCUAAACUUAAUACAGAAACCAGCUGCAUAGGUCUUAUAUUCUCCAUCCAUUCAUGUUCCAUAUUAACCGGCAUUGUGACUCGGAGUAGCCUGCAUCGCACGUGCAUUUGUAACCACGGAACAGAAAAAUAAAGUAGAAAUGGCUUAGAAUGAACUUACUAGGGAAACCAGUGUCGCCAAACUGGCACAAAUAACCCGAUAAUCAUAUUACACAAUACUAAAAUGCUAUGUUUAUAGAUAUUUCUAAAUGGAGCUUUUAAGUUUCCCAGUUUUGCUUUAAAGCAGAAACUGUUUGUACUCGGCUUGUUUAGAUAUUUUUAAACUUUUAGAAUGUGUAGCGAAAUCUAGUGUUUAUGUUGUCAAGUAAAUGGACUAUACGUUGCGCAGCAGUUUUGGAACUUUGGAUGUGUCUUACGAAUUAUGACUGUCACUGUGUGUAUUAUAAAAUAGUUUUGGACCCAAAACCUGAAAAAUAGCACUUCCACAUUAUUUGUCUGUUCAUUGUAUCUAUAUCUAUCACAGAAGGCUAUUACUACAACAUAGGUAGGAAGAGGUCAGGCUUGAAUUGGAUGAAAAAACUACCAAACAGUGAAUAUUGUUUGUUAAAAACUUAAAACAUUUGUCUACAUUUGCUGUCCGCGGUAGAUCUGUCAUGUUGGAAUAGCGCUGGAUUUCAAAACAUGUUAGUAAUAUAUGCAACACUUUGCUAUAAAUAUCAUAAAACAUAUGUAAGAUAUGGAUCGCCUCUCAUGAACUGAAUGAAAUUAUCGAGUCUAAAUUAUGUAAAUAAAUGAAUUUUUAUCAAUUA